CCCUUUAAAAAAAAAAUCUCUCUCCGUCAAGCCUGGCGUGGAGUUUUUUUUUGUAUUAUUCUCUUCAAGGCACGAAUUUGCCAGUGACACCUCACGUGAACCUCCUUCAAUUUCGCGCACUAAUCCUAAAAGAAGGCAUGAAGUGUUAAAUGUUAGAAACACACAGAACCGCGUGCAGACAAGGAGAGAGAGGGCGAAAAACGAGAGAGCGACGCACGCGCUGCUCUAGUGCGUCUGUGCAAACACUGCGUUAAAGAGAGAGAGAAAAAGAUCCAAUUUCAAAAACCAAAAACGUGCGCAGCACAAUUAGGCUAGAAAACCCCUUGUUUUUCCAAAUUUUUGAGAAAAUAAAAUAAAUAAAGAAGUCAAGCUGGCUCAGUGCGUGUCACCGCAGCCCGCUUUGACAGGUGCUGCUCAACCCGUUUGGAGGACUGCUGUCAGCAGCAGCAGCAAAAGGAUGGCAUCAGAACUGGCAAUGAGCAACUCCGACCUGCCCACCAGUCCCCUGGCCAUGGAAUAUGUUAAUGACUUCGAUCUGAUGAAGUUUGAAGUGAAAAAGGAGCCGGUGGAGCCGGAUCGCAGCAUCAGCCAGUGCAGCCGYCUGAUCRCCGGGGGAUCCUUGUCUUCCACCCCGAUGAGCACGCCUUGCAGCUCGGUUCCCCCUUCCCCAAGCUUUUCGGCGCCCAGCCCGGGCUCCGGGAGCGAGCAGAAGGCUCACCUGGAGGAUUUUUACUGGAUGAGCGGCUACCAACAGCAGCUGAAUCCCGAAGCGCUGGGCUUCAGCCCCGAAGACGCGGUAGAGGCGCUGAUCAGCAGCAGCCACCAGCUCCAGUCCUUCGAUGGCUAUGCUAGAGGGCAGCAGUUUGCCGGGUCGGCCGGGGCAGGAGGCGGCAUGGCCGGGGAGGAGAUGGGCUCAGCAGCCGCUGUGGUAUCGGCUGUUAUCGCCGCAGCAGCAGCGCAGAACGGAGGUCCCCACCACCACCACCACCAUCACCACCACGCCGGGGGACACCACCCCUCCACCGGGGUCCCGUCCAACGCUAGCUCGGCGGGCAGCCACCAACACAUGGGACACCUGGACCUGGACGACCGGUUUUCGGACGACCAGCUGGUGACCAUGUCAGUACGGGAGCUGAACCGACACCUCCGCGGGGUCAGCAAGGAGGAGGUGAUCCGGCUGAAACAGAAGAGGAGGACCCUAAAGAACAGAGGCUAUGCCCAGUCAUGCCGCUACAAGCGGGUCCAGCAGAGACAUGUUCUGGAGGGUGAGAAGACGCAGCUGGUCCAGCAGGUGGACCACCUCAAGGCAGAGAUGUCGCGGCUGGCCAGGGAGAGGGACGCAUACAAGGACAAGUACGAGAAGCUCAUCACCAACGGCUUCAGAGAAAACGGAUCCAGCAGUGACAACACCCCCUCAUCCCCAGAGUUCUUCAUGACGUCGAGAAAGUUCCUGCAUCUGUGAUAGUGACCCCUGAACCCUGCCCCCUGACCCUUGACCUGGAGUCUGAGAAACCAUGACAGAGGAUUGGUGAUGUCUUACCAACGUCGCUCCAUGGCACCGGACUGCGACAAAGCACAACGUCCACACAACGUCUCCAAACCACCCAUAAACCAACCAACAGUCCCUGUACACUCUGUCUUUCAUGACGAGAUUAUUGACAGAAACAAWUGACAACAAAACUAAACACCCAAGAAAAAGACUUCAUGUUUGAUUCAACUACUAAAACUCCUGGAUUCCCUCUUCCUCUGGCAUCACCAGUAGCUACGGACGCAAUUCUGACUCAACAUGACAAAGAUACAGUAUCUCCUCAUUGUAAAUAGCAUUUUGUAGAGUAUUCUAUGUAAUAAUAUGUAGGUUGGAGGUCUUUAACUGUAGACAGAUACUGUAGAGGGGAGAAGCGAUGACAGCGAGUCCCAUUUAGCCCAUGAUGUGAAUGUAAAUAAUAUAUAGUAGGGCAUCGUAUGAAACAAAACUACUGCGUCUGUAUAUAGCCACGAAACCAUACCUCUCUGUAUAUAGGCAUUACAUUAUACCUCCUUAUUUCUCCUACCCCCUUCAAUCCCCCUAAACUAGCACAAUGAUACUCACCACUCCCUAUAUCUCUGUAGACAGACAUAGAAUAGAUAUAUACAGGAGGAGACUGGAGACACAGAGGGAAGAUACACAGUGUGUGAUGCAGGUGGCAACACACUGGAGUGAAAAACACAGGCCCACUUUGGCUGGAACUGGUGAACUCUCCCUGCCCUGCCAUAAAGACGGUCAGAGGGGAUGUGUUGCCACUCAGACCAUCUCUCUUCUCCUCUCCCUUUAGUGUUAAACUACCACAGUUCAACCUGUAGCUAUUAGAUACGAUGUAUUUGUACAUGUAUUUUACUCCUUAGUGAAGUGACGGGUCCAGUUCAAAGGUUUGGCAGCUUUCUACAGUCCACUCAAUGUACAAACUUGAUUGGUUUUCAUCUCCACUCCCUCCCUCUCCAUUCCUGAUUGGCUAGUCCUCCUCGCCUAUCUAGUCCUGAUGAGG